AUGUUCUGCUCGGCCCAGAAUCUAUUAAACAGAAGUAGUAGUCAUGUUGGAGAAGAUGAAGAAGCUCUCAAACGAGCAGCUAUGGAGAAACUUCCAGAAUUUGAUCAUUUAAGAGCCAGUAUAACUGAAUCUUGUGUUCUAAAACAAGUCAAAGAGAAGGAUGAAAAGAUUGAGAAUCAACUUUUUAUCGACAAAUUGCUUAAUGUUGUUGAGGAAGAUAAUGGCAAGUUGUUGAAGAAGAUCAGAGAACGAUAUGAUAAAGCUGAAGUUACCCUUCCAACAGUUGAAGUAAGAUACGAACAUUUGAACGUAGAAGCUGAUUGCUUCAUUGGUGAUAGAGCUCUACCAACUUUGGGAAAUACACUCCGCAACAUAGCUGAGUCAGCUUUGACUUUUCUUGGAAUUAGACUUUCCAAAAGCACAAAACUCACAAUUCUCUCGGAUGCUUCUGGAAUCAUUAAGCCUUCAAGGAUGACACUUCUAUUGGGCCCACCCUCCUCUGGAAAGACAACACUUCUACAGGCUUUGGCUGGAAAGUUAGACUCUAGCUUAAAGGUUGAAGGUAAAGUAACAUACAAUGGACAUACACUCAAAGAAUUUGUACCACAAAGGACAUGUGCAUAUGUUAGUCAACAUGAUGUUCAUGUAGCAGAAAUGACAGUCAAAGAAACACUUGACUUUUCUGCAAGGUGCCAAGGAACAGGAUCUUAUAAUGAGUUGCUAGCUGAACUUGAAAGACGAGAGAAGGUGGAUGGUAUACUUCCUGAACCUGAAGUCGAUCUCUUUAUGAAGGCUAUUGCUAUGGAAGGAACAGACAACAAUCUAAUUACCCACUACAUUCUUAAGAUCUUGGGACUUGAUAUAUGCGGAGAUACAAUUGUUGGUAAUGAAAUGAUUAGAGGAAUAUCUGGAGGACAGAAAAAGCGUGUUACAACAGGAGAAAUGAUGGUUGGACCUACAAAAACACUCUUCAUGGAUGACAUAUCAACAGGAUUAGACAGUUCAACAACAUUUCAAAUAGUCAAGUGUUUACAAAAGAUUGCUCACCUCACAAAGGCCACCAUCUUCAUCUCCCUCCUCCAGCCUCCACCGGAGACAUUUCAUCUAUUUGAUGACAUCAUCCUUUUAUCACAAGGCCACAUUGUUUAUCAUGGCCCAAGAGAACACACUCUUGAGUUUUUUGAGAGUUGUGGAUUCAAAUGUCCAGAAAGAAAAGGACAUGCUGACUUCCUGCAAGAGGUUACCUCAAGAAAAGAUCAAGAGCAAUAUUGGGUAGAUAGAAGAAAACCGUACAAAUAUAUCUCUGUACCUCAAUUAUCAGAGCAAUUCAAAAGAUUUAACAUUGGCCUGCAGUUACAAAACGACCUAUCACUAGCAUACAACAAGGCCUCAAGUCAAAAAUCUGCUCUAGUCUUCAAAAAAUAUUUGGUCCCAAAAAAGGAGCUCUUGAAGGCAUCUUUUCAAAAGGAACUCUUAAUAAUGAAGAGAAAUUCUCCCAUCUACAUUUUCAAGAUUAUCCAAACCACCAUCGUUGCAAUAAUUGGUGCAACUGUGUUCUUGAAGACUAAUAUGCAUACUAAUAAUGAAGAAGAUGGGGGAAUAUAUGUGGGUGCUCUUCUUUUUAGCUUGAUCACUAACACCUUUAAUGGUUUUGGUGAGCUUCCGAUGAUCAUAGAGAGACUUCCCGUAAUUUAUAAACAAAGGGACCUUCUUUUUCACCCACCUUGGGCCUUUACUAUUCCAACUUUCCUGCUUGGAUUACCGAUAUCUAUCAUAGAUUCUACUGUGUGGACAGUUGUGACAUAUAAUGUUAUCGGUUUCGCACCAGAAGCAACUAGGUUCUUGAAGCAAUGGCUAUUGACAUUUAUGAUACAACAAAUGGCUGGGGGACUGUUCAGGUUAAUUGCCUCAAUUUGCAGGACCAUGACAAUAGCCAAUACUGGUGGUGUUCUUGUUGUCGAAUUAGCAUUCCUAGUAGGUGGUUUCAUCAUCCCUAAAGGUCAAAUUCCAAAGUGGUGGGGAUGGGCUUAUUGGGUUUCACCGUUCAGUUAUGGUUUCAAUGCUUUCACUAUAAACGAAAUGUUUGCUCCAAGAUGGAUGAACAAAAUGGCUUCGGACAAUGUUACUGAACUAGGAGUAGCAGUUUUGAGGACAUUCGACGUCACUCCUGAUAAGAACAGGUUUUGGAUAGGAGUAGCUGUUCUUCUUGGUUUUGCAGUUGUGUUCAACUUUCUCUUCACUUUGUCUCUCACCUACUUAAACCCACUCGGAAAGGCACAGGCAGUCAUAUCCAAAGAGACCCUAAACGAAAAUGCAAAAGAAAACUCAAGUAUAUCAGCCACCAAUCCCAUUGAUUCAACGAGGGGAAUUGUUCUUCCAUUUACUCCACUCAUCAUGUCUUUUAGCAACAUUAAUUAUUACGUUGAUAUGCCCCCAGAAAUGGAAGUACAAGGGAUCAAAGAUGACAAACUUCAGUUGCUUCAGGAGAUCACCGGUGCAUUUAGACCUGGAGUUCUGACAGCAUUAAUGGGAGUAAGUGGAGCUGGGAAAACAACACUAAUGGAUGUUUUAGCAGGAAGAAAAACGGGCGGUUUGAUCCAAGGAGAUAUUAGAAUAUCUGGAUUCCCCAAAAAACAAGAAACAUUUGCAAGGGUUUCAGGGUAUUGUGAGCAAACUGAUAUCCACUCACCACAAGUUACUGUCUAUGAAUCUCUUAUUUUCUCAGCUUUUCAACGACUCCCUAAAGAAGCUAGCAAAGAAGUAAAGCUGCAUUUUGUGAGUGAAAUUAUGGACUUAGUGGAGUUAGACAACCUUAAAGACUCUAUUGUAGGGAUUGCGGGGGUUACCGGUUUAUCCACACAACAAAGAAAGAGACUGACAAUUGCAGUAGAGCUUGUUGCUAAUCCUUCAAUCAUAUUUAUGGAUGAACCAACAUCCGGUCUCGAUGCAAGAGCUGCAGCCAUUGUUAUGAGAACAAUAAGAAACACCGUUGACACAGGGAGAACAGUGGUUUGCACAAUUCACCAGCCUAGCAUUGAUAUUUUUGAAGCUUUUGACGAGCUUCUACUUCUGAAAAGAGGGGGACAAGUGAUAUACUUUGGACCCUUAGGACAAAAUUCAGAAAAAAUAAUCAACUACUUUGAGGAAAUUCCUGGGGUCCCAAAACUCAAAUCACAAUAUAAUCCAGCAACAUGGAUGCUAGAAGUGACCUCAGAUUCAACAGAAUCUCGGCUUGGAACUGAUUUCUCUGAACAUUAUAGAUCAUCACCCUUGUAUAAAGCAAAUAAUAUUCUAGUGGAACAACUGAGCAAGCCUACUUCAAGGGCAAAAGACCUAAUCUUCAAAACAAAGUAUUCACAGUCCACAUGGGGCCAAUUCAAGUGUUGCAUAAAGAAACAAUGGUCGAGUUAUUGGAGAACCCCUGAUUAUAACCUUGUUAGGUUUUUCUUUGCAUUGGUUACUGCUCUCCUCCUUGGGACAAUCUUUUGGAAAGUUGGCACUAAAAGGGACAACAGCACUGAUUUAGCUACUAUAAUUGGCGCAAUGUAUGUUGCUGUGAUGUUUGCUGGAUUUAACAAUUGUGUAACAAUUAUACCAGUUGCAUCCCUUGAAAGAACUGUAUUUUAUCGAGAACAAGCAGCUGGGAUGUACUCUGCAUUACCAUAUGCCAUGGCUCAGGUAAUUGUAGAGAUACCUUUUGUGCUUGUCCAAACCAUAUAUUAUACUAUUAUAGUAUAUGCCAUGGUAAGCUUCGAAUGGACAGUGGCAAAAUUCUUUUGGUUCUUCUUCAUCAGCUUCUUUACCUUUUUAUACUUCACGUACUAUGGACUCAUGAUUGUGUCUAUAACCCCAAACCAUCAAGCAGCCUCUAUCUUUGCAGCUGCCAUCAAUGUUCUCUUCAAUCUUUUCUCUGGAUUCUUCAUCCCAAGACCGAGAAUCCCUAAGUGGUGGAUAUGGUAUUACUGGAUUUGCCCUCUUCAAUGGACUAUUCAAGGCCUCAUUAUUUCACAGUAUGGUGAUUUGAAUGAAACAAUUAAUGUGCCUGGGAUGUCAUAUGACCCAACAAUUCAAUGGUAUGUCCAAAACUAUUUUGGAUAUCAAGCUGAUGCUUUGGGAUCUGUUGCCACCAUUUUAGUUGUUUUUACUGUCUUUUUUGCGUUAAUGUAUGCAUAUUGCUUACAUAAAUUGAACUUUCAAAUAAGAUAGAUUAUGUAAUAUAUAAUAUUAAGCUCUAGU